AUGGUCAGGCGCUGUAUUGUAGGAGGCUGUAGCAACACUACCAGGGACGGAAUUAGUCUUCAUAAGUUUCCUUCUAAUAUAUUAACAAGGAAACAGUGGAUACCGGAGGUGAAGAAGACCAGAGCAAAUUGGAAAAAGCCUAGUGCGUUUUCUGAAGUCUGCAGUGAUCACUUUUCUGAGGACUGCUUUGAGAGCAUAGCAGACAAACUGGGAUUAAGAAUGAAACGUAUUCUUAAGCCAAAUGCUAUUCCUACAAUUUUCAAAAGUCGUCCCUACAAUAAGACAAAGUCUAGAAUUUCUACAGCACUUCAGAAAAGGGAGAGAGCAAGAACAAUCCUGAUAUUGUCCAACAGACCUGCGAAACUAAUCUUGAUUAUAGUGAUUGCUGUACAAAGUGCUUAUCACGACGAAGAGUCAUCGAUAGAGGUCGACAGUGGUUCAGAGAACUUAGAGCCUGAUUCUACUCUCAAGGUUGAUGUCUCAAUUCAAGCAGAACCAAUAAGAAAAAGGAAUUUGAAAUGUCAAGUGAGAGAAUUAAAAAAGAAAUGUGAAAACACCUGUAAGCGAAUAGAAAAUGGAGUUCAGUGUAAUCUACUUGAACCUUCACAAUCUGGCACAAUUUUAGAAGAAAUGUUUUUGAAGACAUGGAAUAUGAAACAGAUGGUGAAAGUGAUGCAUCUACUUGUAUAUCUGAAGCUGAUUUCUCCUUUGAAGAUGAUGGCAAUAUGUGAGUAUAGAUAUUAG